AUGGCGGCCAAGUUCGUCCGAAAAGCCCGCCAGGACGAGAGCCGGACCGAAGCGGAGUUUCGGAUCCUUCUGCGCCUGCGUCACCCCGCCCUCGCGCGCCCCCACGCCCUCUACGCGGCCACGCCCAAGUUUCACGUGUUCGUCAUGGAGCUAGUGGUGGGUCUGCCGCUGCUGGACUGGAUCUUCACGCGAGAGGAGACGACGGAGGCUGAGUGCGCAGACAUGCUCUCCCAAGUGGUGCUCGCGCUCCAGUAUCUCCACGGCCAUGAUGUGGCUUAUCUCGAUCUGAAGCCCGAGAACCUGCUGGUGGAUUUAGUGCGGACGUCGGAAGGAAACGGAGAAGGUGUACUAAGAACAAUGGUUGGGAUGGAAGAGGCGAAAAGCCAAGUGGAGGCUGGAGUUAAGCCACUUAAGCCAGUUACGUGGGCAGUGGAGACAGAGGGAGAGGUCCUAACUCGCGGGGUUCUGAAAGCAACUUCUGAAAUCGAGACGGAAGUUGUGGCAGAGACAAAGCCAGCGUCUACCACAAUGGAGACAGAAACUAAGCCAGCGAUUCCAGAGGCGAUAAUAGAGAAGAGAACAUCGAUUCUCGAAAUGGCAACAGAAACGAAAAUAACGGCACGCAAGACUGAAACUAAGCCAGUUUCAUCUCAAACAGAGGAGGAAGUUAAAUCACUCUCACUUGAAGUGCGGGCAAAAGUUACGCAACUUUCAUUUCAAAAAGAGGAAGACACUAAGCCAGUAUUCCCUGAAGUGGAAACAGAAAUAAAGCCAAUUACACCUCUAUCGGAAAAAGAUGCAAAAACAAUUGAACUUCCAGCAGAAGCUAAGCCCCUUACACCUAAAGUGGCAGAAGCUAAGCCACUUACACCCGAAGAGGCAGAAGCUAAGUCACUUACACCUGAAGAGGCAAAGGCCAAGCCACUUACUCCUGAAGAAGCUAAGAUACUUACACCUGAAGAGGCAAAGGCUAAGCCACUUACAGCCUUAGAGGCAAAGGCUAAGCCACUUACACCCUUAAAGGCAAAGGAGGCAACGGCUAAACCACUUACACCUGAAGAGACAGAAGCUAAGCCACUUACACCCGGAGAGGCAAAGGCUAAGCCACUUAUACCUGAAGAAACUAAGCCGCUGACACCCGAAGAGGCAGAAGCUAAGCCAUUUAAACCCGAAGAGGCAGAAAGCUAA